UGUCAAAGUGAGCCUGAUAGGGCGACAAACUAAAACAAAUCAUUCAACGUAAAAACCUCGUAACGUGCACAUCACAAAAACUCAUUCAACUUGUAUUCUCAUGCAAAGAACUUUCAAUUACUGCCGAAAAUAAGACCACCAAGAAGAACUAUGGAGAAGCUAUUUGUUAGCAUGUUGAUCUUGAUUUGCUAUGGCUGGCUGUUGGGAUCAUGCCAGGCAAUGCUCAUCAGAGGUGGCGAUGGGCUCCUCAAUGCCACAGAUAUUAACGGCAUCAACAACAACAACAUUAACAGCUACAACUACAACAAUGAAUCGGCACUGCCCGUUUUGGCCACAGCCUUGGGCACUGCAGCCGUGGCCGAUAGGCAACAAGUUAAAAAUGCGAGCGAAGCUGCCGCAGCUACUGCUGCCGACAUAACAGCAACAACUAUUGCCGAUAAGGACAAGGACAAGGACAUGGACAAGGACAAGGAAAAGGAUCUAGAGCCAUCGAGUGAUUUGUCUGCUCAUUUACAUCGCAAUAAGCGUCGCAUGUCUGCCGUAGAGGCCUUGCAUCAUGGCCGACGUCACAGUCCGCCAGCAGCUGAUGGUGGUGCAGCACCACCUUAUGUCUAUUAUAAUAAGAUGAUAUCGCCGGAUGGCAAGCAGGAGCUAAAGGAAUUUCAAUUGAUGUCACCCAAUAUGGUCAUUGAGAGCGUGCAGCACGAUAUGAAUUAUGGGCCAGCUGCCGAUCUGGGCGGCGGCGUUUUGCUGCUCAAUUCCGAUAACAAUUUGAGCGGGCGUAUUCGUGCCAAGCCACCCAGGCAUCAUCACAAGCACAAAUCAUCGCUGGCCCUGCCGCCCUUUCUGUUCCUGCUGCAGCAGAUGCUGCAGCCAAACCUGAACAUCGAUAUGGAGCCCACACUGCCGCUGCCGCUGCCGCAGCCACAGCCACAGCCUCGCAGCCGCUUGGAGACGCCUCUCUAUCAGUUCCUUGACAGCGCCGUGGACAAUGCCUUGCGCAAUAAUCAUGAGGUCUAUGAGCACUUCAUAAACGAACAUGAUCGCGAUAAUGAGCUCAGCGAGAAGGACAACAAGGAUAUGGAGAAGGACAAGGAUAUCGAAAAGGAGAAGGAUAAACUAAUGGAUGCCAUUGACAUGCUGCCCAUGCAAAAGGCAGCCGAGCAGGCCAAGGCCAAGGAAGACGAACUGCUCGUUAGCUGUCCCAUACAUCACGAGCAUCGUACCAACAUCAAUGGCGAUGUGGUCAACGAUGAUGUUGUCCUGGUCAACGAGUGUCACAUUAUCUAAGCACAGGAGCAGGAGAAGCAGCAGCAGCAGCAG